AUGACAUGGAGACGCAAAGGAAUCUUGGACUCUGUCGGAAUGUGCUCAAAAAAGCGUUCAGCUGUAGCAUCCUUCCGGCACCUAGCUGCCAUGCCACCUGAAGGAAGCACGAGGGCUGGGAUACUGCCAGGUUGCCCAAGCCUAGACAGGGGAAAUCGAGAUGCAGAGAUCAGAUUCAAACCACGGAUCUUUCGGCCAGUAAAUUCGCGCUCUAACCACUUGGGUCAUCUCGCUCUCUUUGGAGGGAUCUCUCUUGAAAGAGUAGAGUCCUACAAAGAGUAUGCGAACAUGAGUAGAACAGAGAAUAUUGGUGGAUCGAGUGUACUUACUGGCAAACGAAUCAGCCGGAAUAGCAAGGGGAUGGUGUCCAACGAACCGGUCAAAUGGGAAGGGUGUCAUGACGCAAAAAAACAAAACGAAGAGAUGGACAACAAAACUUGA